AUGACCACCGUCCCGGCUCUAAAUGCUUACCGACAUCUAAUGCGCGCGGCGCGCAUCGCUUUCCAAGGGGACGCACCAAUUCUGUCCGCAGCCCAGCUACAGAUCCGUAACGAGUUCCGUCAAAAGGCCUCGAUCGAUGUGUCUGACGCUCCUGCAGCGAUUAAGCACGCCGAGGAGGUUGCGAAAGUCCUCCGCCAAAAUGUUGUUCAAGGCCGCAGAAUAGAAGAAGGCAAAGAUUCCUACAAGCUGCGGAUACAUGAGGACAUCGAGCGAGGCGAUAAUGAAUCGAUCAAAACGGCCGGCAAAGGCACAAUCGGAGGUGGCUGCUGCGGCGGUAGUAAAAAGUGA